CCAAACCCACAACCAACAACCACCUUGGACCACCGCACCUCACUUGCAACCUGCCUCUUUCUUGCAUCUCGACCUCGACAUCCUUCCAUCUCAUCUUCAUCCCUCUCACCAUCCACUGUAGCCUUUUCCACUUCAUCUCGACAAUAUGCGUGAGAUUGUUCAUCUUCAGACCGGCCAAUGUGGCAACCAAAUCGGUGCCGCCUUCUGGCAACAAAUCUCCGGGGAGCAUGGCCUGGACGGCUCUGGAGUCUAUAAUGGCACCUCCGACCUUCAAUUGGAGCGUAUGAACGUCUACUUCAACGAGGCAUCCGGCAACAAAUAUGUUCCCCGUGCUGUCCUCGUCGAUCUCGAACCUGGCACCAUGGACGCAGUCCGUGCUGGUCCAUUCGGUCAACUGUUCCGCCCUGAUAACUUUGUCUUCGGCCAGAGCGGUGCUGGAAACAACUGGGCCAAAGGUCACUACACCGAGGGAGCUGAACUUGUCGACCAAGUUCUCGAUGUCGUUCGACGCGAGGCCGAAAGCUGUGACUGCCUGCAGGGAUUCCAGAUCACUCACUCUCUAGGUGGUGGUACCGGUGCUGGCAUGGGAACGUUGUUGAUCUCCAAGAUCAGAGAAGAGUUCCCUGACCGCAUGAUGGCCACCUUCUCCGUCGUCCCUUCCCCCAAGGUCUCUGACACCGUGGUUGAGCCCUAUAACGCUACCCUCUCUGUCCAUCAGCUCGUUGAGAACUCUGAUGAGACUUUCUGCAUCGAUAACGAGGCCCUCUACGAUAUCUGCAUGCGUACCCUCAAGCUGUCCAACCCCUCGUACGGCGACUUGAACCAUCUCGUUUCCGCUGUCAUGUCAGGCGUCACUACCUGCCUGCGUUUCCCCGGCCAACUCAACUCGGACCUUCGAAAGCUCGCAGUCAACAUGGUCCCAUUCCCACGUCUUCAUUUCUUCAUGGUUGGCUUUGCCCCCUUGACCAGUCGUGGUGCCUAUUCCUUCCGCGCCGUCACAGUGCCAGAGCUUACUCAGCAAAUGUUCGACCCUAAGAAUAUGAUGGCCGCUUCCGAUUUCCGCAAUGGUCGUUACCUGACAUGCUCGGCUAUUUUCCGCGGAAAGGUUAGCAUGAAGGAGGUCGAGGAUCAAAUGCGCAACGUGCAGAACAAGAACAACAGCUACUUCGUCGAAUGGAUUCCCAACAAUGUUCAGACCGCCCUUUGCUCCAUCCCCCCACGUGGAUUGAAGAUGUCAUCGACAUUUGUUGGCAACUCGACAUCCAUCCAGGAGCUCUUCAAGCGUGUGGGUGACCAGUUCUCUGCCAUGUUCCGACGAAAGGCUUUCUUGCAUUGGUACACUGGAGAGGGCAUGGACGAGAUGGAGUUCACCGAGGCCGAGUCCAACAUGAACGAUCUUGUUUCGGAGUACCAACAAUACCAGGAUGCUAGUAUCUCCGAGGGCGAAGAGGAAUACGGUGAGGAGGAGGCGCCUCUGGAGGAGGAGCAGUAAGGAUUGGGUCGGAGUGGUUUCGAUCUAGUAGACGGAGCGUCAUGACAAGUGUCUAGGCACGAUGGGACCGUUGCCCUUGUUUCAAUCACACAAUAUUGGAGUCUCUGAGAUGCUCGUAAGGGCACUCUGCAAUGUUUAGCGUAGGCGAAAGAAAUCAGCCAAGAAUCAUAUUCAGAUUCAAGAGUC